AUGACGGACUUAGGUCGAAUGAGCUUCUUUCUUGGUCUGGAAGUUCGACAAGAAGAAACUGGAAUUUUUGUCUCACAAGAAAAAUAUGCAAAGGACAUUCUGAAGAGGUUCAAAAUGGAAGGUUGCAAUCCAAUCUCGACACCAAUGGAGCCAGGAGCCAAUCUUUCAAAAUUUGAUGGGGGGGAACGUGUCGAAGCAAACAAAUUUCGAAGCUUGGUCGGAAGUCUUCGAUAUCUCACAUGUACUAGACCAGAUCUUUCUCUAAGUGUCGGAAUCUUGAGUCGAUUUAUGGAAGAACCAGUUCACUCACACUGGAAAGCUUUGAAGAGAACUCUUCGUUAUAUCCAAGGAACUGUGUCACUUGGAAUGUUUUACUCAAAAUCAGAAGAUUACAAGCUAACAGGUUACUCCGACAGCGAUUGCUGUGGAGAUAUAGACGAUCGAAAAAGUACAUCAGGAUAUGUAUUCUUUAUGGGAAACACUGCUUUCACAUGGCUCUCAAGGAAGCAACCAAUUGUAACACUGUCAACAUGCAAAGCAGAAUACGUGGCUGUAUCAUGGUGUGUAUGCCAUGCUAUAUGGCUUAGAAGAUUGUUAUGUGAGUUAGAGCAGAAAUUAAUUGACGACAAUACAGCCAUUAUGAAUGAUCCUAUUAUGUGGAGGAAAUCUGUCUCAAAAAGAGCCCGAUUUCGUAGGUUUUACAUUCUGAAACAUAAAAAAUUCAAGCGAAUAAAGGAUUAUCAUCCAACUACACCAUUCACCGUUAGACAACCACUUUUAGAACUUACCUUAGACCAUUCAAAUGUCAGCAAUGAUAAUGUUAUCACUCAUACCGGCCCCUCUCAAUAUAAACAUGCGGAACCGAAAAUGCAGUGUAAUAUGGGUACAAAUCUACUCUCAAAGUUCUCAACUGUUGCAACGGCUCAAGAUAUUGAAAACCAAGCCCCAUCUUUGCCCCAAGAUAAUGUCUUUGAUUCACGUGAUCCAACAAAUAUGCUUUCCCCUACACUGCUUGACACAACACAAGCAUAUUUAACCCCAACUCAAUCACUCAAACAUGGAAGGGGUCGCCCUAAAAAGGUUCUUGGAUUCCCAGAUAGAGCCUACAACCUAUUGCGAAACGAUCAAGCUCAAUUCACCACACCAAAGUUGUCAAUGGAGAAUCAACUUUCCAUUUCUCCUAGAAUGGUAGAACACCAUUAUCCAUCCUAUCAUUCUGGAUCAACUUCACAAAUUACAACAACCCCCGAGGCAACCAAUGUAUUUAAACCAACCGUUAACUUGGAUUACGAAAGUGGUGACGAUGAUGAUUCUGACUAUGAUCCUUGGUUUAGAAGGGUGUUACAAUCCUUUCUUAGGUAUUUAUGGCUACUUAUACCUUUCAUCCCUACUCAUUGCUUCUUAGUUAUAUAUGUUACGUUUAAUUUCGAUGAUGGCGUGCCAGAUUCAUCAGACGACGAAAGCCUCAAAGACGACUACUUUUGUCCACCAUUUUCAACUGCUAACCAACCUGAAUGCAACACUGAAGAGUAUGACGAUUUGGGUGAUGCAUUAAUUGAGUGUAGACAUUGCAAUGCUUUAAUGUGGUACCAAGAAAGGAAGGACAAACACAAACAUUCUGCAAACCCCAAAUACACCUUGUGUUAUGGAAAUGGCAAGAUAGAACUUCCAUUCUUAAAACAACCUCCACUACUUUUAGCACACCUACUCUUUGAUAAACAUUCCAAAGAUGCUAGAAGUUUUCAGUCACAAUUGCGAACAUACAACAUGAUGUUUGCAUUUACUUCUGGUGCCAAGAUAGACAACAAAUUCAACAAUGGUCGUGGCCCACCAACGAUACGCAUCCAAGGUCAAUUUUGCCACCAAAUAGGGAGUUUAUUGCCACCCGAAGGACAAUGGCCAAAAUUUGCUCAGCUCUAUAUUUAUGACACGAAGAAUGAAGUUACAAAUAGAAUGGAAGGCCUACGUAACAAAGACAAGAUUGAUGAAGAUAUUGUAAAAAGACUUUGUGACAUGUUGUAUACACAUAACGUACAUGCCAAAAGUUUCUUAAUGGAAAGACAGAGACUUAAUCAGGGAAAUGUUCACAAUUUGAAACUCCGAUUAAUAGAAAAUAGAACAACAGAUGGAAGAGUGUACAACCAACCAACGGUUUCUGAGGUGGCUGCUUUAAUCGUUGGGGACAUUGACACAGCUGAAGAAAGAGACAUCAUUAUGCAAAAACAGGGUGGGAAACUUAAACGCAUUGAUGAGUUUCAUGCAAGCUAUCUUGCUUUCCAUUAUCCAUUGAUCUUUCCAUAUGGAGAAGAUGGUUAUAGACCAAAUGUUGCCCACAGAGAUCUUGACAUAUUUGAUGAUAAUCCAAGAUAUAGAUUGACAAUUCGAGAAUGGCUUGCAUUUCGGAUUCAAACUCGGUUAGCAGAGGGUAAAACUCUUUUGGCGUCACGGAGAUUGUUCCAGCAAUUUUGGGUUGAUGGGUACACGAUGCUUGAAGGGGAGAGGUUGAAAUGGCUCAGAAACAACCAAUCUAAACUUAGAGUGUCAAAGUAUAACAAUCUCAAUCCAGAAGGAGAUGAAACUCAAACACCAGGGUCAAGUACCGGUAAAAGAGUUAUCUUACCCUCAACAUAUGUAGGUAGUCAAAGAUUUAUGGAUCAGCUGUACUAUGACGGAAUGGCUAUUUGCAGUAAGGUGGGAUUUCCUGACCUAUUUAUUACAUUCACAUGCAACCCUAAUUGGCCAGAAAUUCAAAGAGCUUUGAAUCCACUCAACUUGAAACCACAUGAUAGACUUGACAUCAUUUCUAGGCUUUUCAAAAUGAAGUUUGAUAGCCUUUUGUCUGACGUCACAAAGAAAGGGUUCUUAGGCAAAGUCCUUGCUUAUAUGUACACAAUAGAAUUUCAAAAGCGAGUAUUGCCACAUGCACACAUUCUUAUUUUCUUGCAUCCAUCAAAUAAAUAUCCGACACUAGACGAUAUAGAUAAAAUUAUUUCAGCCGAGGUUCCAGACCCAUUGAAACAACCAAGGUUAUAA